AAAGACAUCAAUAGGCUGGAAAUGGUACAAAGAAAAGCGGUUCGAUUCAUCUACGGGGUAUAUAACAGGCAUGCUUCAGUUAGUGAGUUACUUAAUAAAGCACAAUUAUCAACACUUAGCACGAGAAAUACUAUUAACAGAUUGAAACUGCUCUUCCAGAUAAUUCAUGGCAUGAUCAACAUCAAUCGGGACAAGUAUAUAUCAUUUUCUGCACGCUCCAAUACACGUAGCCAGCAUCCGUAUUAUAUCACUGAGCCGUUACCGCGAAAUAAUGUUUUCCAAUACUCCUUUUUUCCUCACACUUUCAAAGAUUGGAAUAACUUACCCGCUGAAAUGACGAGCUCUAGUUCCCUAAUUUCAUUUCUUGAUUCUGUUAGAAAACAUUUCAAUGUUGAGUGA